UGCCCCCUCCCUCUCCCUCCCUCCGUAAUAAAAUUUAUUUUGCGUGGCUAUUGCUGUGAUCUUGUCAAAUUUUAUUUCAUUUUUUGGAUAAAGUUGUGCAAGUAAAUUAAUCAUGCCUGUUGCUGAUGAUAUCCAGUCUUCAUGGGCUGACGAGGUUGAAAUUGAUCAAGGUGCUCUGCCCCCACCCUCGGAAGUUGUUGAAAAUGGCUUGAAGAUUGUGACAGAAUACAAAUAUGAUAACGACAACAAGAAAGUAAAGAUAGUUCGGACGUAUAAAAUUGAAAAGCGCGUUGUCUCAAAGAGCAUUGCUAAGCGCAAGACAUGGAGCAAAUUUGGUGACUCUGCCAAUGAUAAACCAGGCCCAAAUCCAGCCACAACCAAUGUGUCGGAAGAUGUUUUCAUGCAAUUUAUUUCAAGCAAAGAAGAGAGUCAGCGUCCAGAUGACGGAGAGUUGGAUGGUCUUAAGCCUCCAGCUAGCCGAGUAAUCUUCAAGUGUCGUACUUGCCAAGGUGAUCACUGGACUCUGAGCUGUCCAUUCCAGCACACUGAACUUGCACAAGCUAAAGCUAACGAAAUAUCUAAAGCAUCAGACCCGAAAACUGUGACAACCAACAAGUACGUUGCGCCGCACUUGCGUGACGGCGUCGCCGGCCGAGGCACCGGGCGCGAGCCCCCGGGCGCGCGCCGCGACGAUGUUGCCGCCAUCCGCAUUUCCAACCUGAGUAACUUUGCUGUUGAAGCUGAUUUGGAUGACCUGGUCAAGGGCUUUGGCCCCGUGCAGAAGCUGUACCUGGCUAAAGAGAAGAGCACUGGCCAUUGCAAAGGAUUUGCUUACGUGCACUUCAAGUUCCGAGCUGAUGCUGCUAAAGCUAUUCAAACCCUCAAUGGACAUGGUUAUGAUCACUUGAUUUUAAAUGUGGAAUGGUCUAAGCCUCCUCAAAAUAACUAAUUUUUUUUUUCAAACAAACCAUUUUGUCUAUAUUAAUAAAAGUUACUAUCUA